AUUUCGUUUGACAAAGACAUGAAGUUGGUAAUUUUCCCUGUUUUGCUUAUCAUCGCGUUCGGCGAUUGUCUUCGAGUGGAUGAACUCGAGGUCGAAACGAAGUUCUUUAAGGUUUUAGGACAUGAAAAGGAUCAUUUUACGGCUUUUGAAGGAAUUCCUUAUGCUGAACCUCCAAUUGGCGAGUUGAGAUUCGAGCCUCCUGUUCCGAUUCAUACCAAGCGAGAUGAUGUCAUUCAAGCAACAAAACCGGGCAAUGCGUGUCUCCAAUGGAGCCAUUUAAUCCUCGAUAAAGAAGAUAGAAUGAUGGGUUCGGAGGAUUGUUUGUACCUGAACGUUUAUACGCCCAAAAAUCUCAGCAAAAAUGAGAAAAUUCCCGUAAUUGUUUACAUUCACGGAGGUGCCUUGAUGUACGGAAGAGGCGAUUACUAUGGACCUGAAUUCCUCACAAAGCGCCCCUUGAUCGUCGUAACCUUCAAUUAUCGCUUGGGACCUUUGGGAUUCAUGUCGAGUGGAUGUCACUUGAUGCCCGGCAACAUGGGAAUGAAAGAUCAAGUCGCCGCCCUCAAAUGGGUAAAAGAAAAUAUCGAAGCAUUCGGAGGCGAUGCUGAAAAAAUCACAAUUACGGGAUUUUCUGCCGGCGGAGCUUCAACACAUUUCCAUACAAUGAGCGACAUGUCAAAAGGACUCUUUACUAACGCAAUUUCUCAUAGCGGAAAUGCUCUUGAUCCGUGGGUCAUGCAACGAAAUCCCGAUAAGAAAUUCGCCAAAGUAGCUGAACUCGUUGGAUGCGGCGAUAAAUCCGGUAAAAAGGGCAAAGUUGCAUGUUUGAAGGAAGUCAAAGCUGAAGAUAUCGUUCGAACUGUCAAAAAUUACCAACCAUGGCUUUAUAAUCCCUUCCAAGUUUUCGGAGUAGUUGUUGAACCCGAAAUUGAGAAAAUUGGAUUGGAAAGUAGUCAUGAUAAUUUGCAUGAGGGAGAAGAAAAUGCUGAGGAACAUCAUCAUCAUCAUCAUCAUACGAUGCCUUUUAUCAGUGAACAUCCGGAAAAUCUCAUGAAAAGCGGAAAAGUUCAUAGCACGUGGCUCGUGACAGAAACAAAGGACGAAGGAUUGUACCCAGCUGCAGAAUUCUUGAGAAAAACUGAAUAUUUGCCGUAUCUCGAAGAGCAUUGGAACGAAAUUGCUCCCCAUAUACUCCAUUAUAGUGAAACAAUUCCGGAAGAGAAGUUGAAUGAAGUUUCUCAAAAGAUUAAACAUCAUUAUUUGGGAGAUAAGCCACUCAAUGAAGAGACUUACAAAAGAUUUGUUGAUAUCUGCACUGAUCGCCUCUUCCAUGUCGGCAUGGAUCAUUCUGCGAAGCUACAAGGAAAAGUUCAUCCAACAUACGUUUAUUACUACAAUUCUAAACUCAAAUACGGUUUCGGAGAACUUCUCGCUGGAAAACAUUCAGAUUUACUUGGCGUAGCUCAUGGCGAUGACGUUUUGUUACUUUUCUUCGUUGAAGAUUGCAAAAUUGAAUUAUCUCCCAAAGAAAUCGCAAUGCAAGAGAAAUUAUUAGAUUUGUAUGAGAGUUAUGCCAAAACUGGAGUUCCCAAAUUUGGAGAUGUAACGAUGGAAAAGACAGAUCUGGAUGACUCUAUUAAAUAUUUAGAUAUUAAUGGGCCCGAAGAUGCGCAUGUCAAAGUCUAUGACAACAUUGGCGAUCAUAAAUUCUGGAACACUUUAGGAUUUAAUGAGAACUGAAGAAUCAAUAAUUCAAUUGAAUAUGAAUAAAUUGUCACCAUUUGUUAGUUCAAUUGUAACUUUCAUACAGUUAACAUGAUAGAUUUGAUUAAAAAUCGAGUCAAUAUAUUCCAAAAUGGCGAUCAUCGACAACCA